UAGUCACCUGAUUUGGCUCACGAAAAACACAAUUCGCACGUAACGGGAGUCAGAUCUGGCUGUUUAUCAUCGUACCCAGUUCGAAAGUUUCUAUCUUUGUUCCAAAAAACCGAAGAACGAGGGAAGAGGGAUCGACGAUGAAGGCGGCGAAGAGGCCGAUACACACAGUGACGACAUGGGUUCGUCGCCAACCACCGAAGGUGAAGGCAUUUCUCGGCGUGGUCUCGGCCAUGGCGGCUCUCGUUUUACUCAGGAUGAUUGUUCACGACCACGACAACCUCUUCGUCGCCGCCGAGGCUGUUCAUGCCCUUGGAAUCUCCGUCCUCAUCUACAAGCUCAUGAAGGAGAAGACUUGCGCUGGGCUUUCUUUGAAGUCACAGGAGCUGACGGCUCUGUUUCUUGCUGUGAGGCUCUAUUGCAGUUUUGUCAUGGAAUUCGAUAUUCAUACUUUGCUUGAUUCCGCUACUUUGGUUACCACCGUUUGGGUCAUCUAUAUGAUCCGUUUCAAGCUUAGACCCACUUACAUGGAAGACAAGGACAAUUUCGCCAUCUACUAUGUGGUUAUUCCGUGUGCCGUUCUAUCUGUACUUGUUCACCCAACAACACAUCACCACAUAAUCAACAGGAUUGCUUGGGCUUUCUGUGUUUACCUCGAAGCUGUUUCAGUCCUUCCUCAACUUAGAGUCAUGCAAAACACAAAGAUCGUGGAGCCGUUCACUGCGCAUUAUGUAUUUGCUUUGGGCAUAGCUCGGUUCUUGAGUUGUGCACACUGGGUUCUUCAGGUGUUGGACACGCGAGGGCGGCUGCUGACAGCGUUAGGGUACGGGUUAUGGCCAAUAAUCGUCCUCCUUUCGGAAAUCGUCCAGACUUUCAUUCUUGCCGACUUCUGCUACUAUUACGUGAAGAGUUUGAUGGGAGGACAGCUCAUUCUUCGGCUCCCCUCGGGGGUUGUGUAAAUCCUGAGGAAUCGGUUUGUCUGGUCGCCGGAGAAUGGCCGUAAGAUAAGGACAACAUGGAUUUGCUCAAAGCUUGUGGAGUAUUUCAGGUUUUGCAGUCAAAAGCUUCAGUGACUUUUCUUCUCUCUUUACCGUCUGCCUUCACUUGUUCUUAGAAGAGUGUAAAGAAAACAAGUUGAUCACAGAUUUUUGAGGUUAAUUUUUUUUUUUUAAUUUAGGUUCUUAUUAUAAGCUUUUGUUAGGAGCGAAAGCAAUUUAAUCCCAAUAUCCUAUGUUUACACUGCACGAAUUCCUCA